AUGACAACAUCCAACCCCAACAGCCAAGCUUUGGAGGCGAAGGAACACCAAGGAAAGCCUAUGGCCGAAAGAUGGUAUCUGUGGAUCAAGGAAGAGCAAAACCGGCGUCUAGCCUGGUUCGUCUACGAGUACGACUACUUCGUAUUUCAGAUGUAUAGGACAAGGCCUUACCUCAACAUCUGCGACCUUACCUCCGAUUUGCCGUGUUACGCGGCUUUCUGGGAAGCAGAAACACCCCAGGCUUGGGAUACGAUUCAACCUUGGACCAUCGUCCCGCAAUCUCGACCACCCUCCGAACUUGGUUCACUUCUUGUUGGUCCUCUAUCCGUCUCGCACAGCCGACUGAACUGGACCGAUAAAUUGCAGGCCCUCCUUAUUCUGCUGCGCAGGUUUUGCAAUAUUAUUGAUCUAACAAGAGGUGAUUGGGUUGGAAGAUUGUGUCAUUCGUACGGCUCUAAGGACGGCAUUGAAGAGAUAUUGAAAGCCAUGGAUUUGCUUGCUGAUGUGACUUCCAACGAUCUGAAGUCGGCCCUCCUGUCGAACGAAGAGCUCGUUUGUAAAGCAAGAGCUCUACAGAUGGUUCAUAUGGCUCACCUGCACAGUGCUGGUAGGCUGAUGGUGUUAGUGAAGAAAAUUUGCAACCUGGAGUUGAACCCCGACGACGCCUUCGAGGAGAUUCUCAAAUGGGGUAAUGAUAACGAACGCAAAGCUCGUGAGAUUGCGUUUCAUUCUGCACAAAUACUCGGCAUUGUGCGAAGCCACCCGCUCAACUCACCGUCCGAGAUGUCGAAUACUUUCAACUCUGGCAUCGCUCUAUUCUUCCUGUCCAAGCGAGCUGCCUACCGCUGGAUUGUGUUUCAGUAA